UGUGCAAGAAUUAUUGCAUUGCAUAUGCCUCCCAAAUUCCGUAUUCUCCUUCACAAAAUCAACAUUAACACAACUCUUUUCUUGUUAUGUUCUACAAUCCAAAAUCCAACAAUGACACACACAUAAAGACAUUUUAUAUGUAAGUUACCUUCUGAUAAACAACAGUAUAAAAAAGAAAAAAGGAAAAGAGAAAUUAGUCAACUUCAGAAAAUAAUGGUGAAUUAUCCAAAGCUUUUGACAAACAAAUCAUUAGAAAAUGAUGUCCUUUGAUUGUUUUCUAAUCGUGUAUCCUAUGACAUUUUGAAAAGGCAUAAUCCCACAACUGCGAAGCUAUAUUCGGAACUUUUAAACCUCGAGUCCAACGAAUUUCACUUCUCUACGUUUACCUGUUUGUCUCUACUCAACUUCCCGUCUUCUGGUCCUUCUCCAUAUCUUCUAUAUGAUGCUGAUGAUGGGUUCUUCUUAAAUUCUCCGCAUUUCAAAAAGUUUUCCUCGCAUUCCAUUGCUAUUGCAACUCAUAUGCGAUUGGAUUGAACCAGUUAUAUGGGGACCGAGUCUUGGUUUAGUAAUUUUUGGCGGAAUUCAGGUAGGGGUUCAGCAGAGAAUGACAAGGCUGCAAUUGGAGUUUUGGCAUAUGAAGUUGCAAGUUUGAUGUCCAAAGUUGUUAGUUUUUGGCAUUUUUUGAGUGACCAGGAGAUAUUGAGGUUGAAGAAAGAUAUUUUGAAGUCAGUUGGGAUUCGAAAGCUUGUAGCUGAUGAUAAUGAUCAUGUUAUGGAUCUUGCACUAAAUGAGAUCAUGGAAAAUUUCAGACUCAUAUCAAGCUCUGUGGCCAGGCUAGGAAGGAGGUGUGUAAAACCUCCAUUUUGCCAUUUUGAACAUUUUAUCAAUGACCCACUUGGCAAUCUUGAGUGGUUUGAGUGGGACUAUAGAUUGAAAAAGAUGGAAAGAAAAGUGAAAAAAAUGGAGAGAUUUGUUGCCUUCACAAUGCAAUUAUCUCAGGAGGUUGAAGUUCUUGCAGAGCUUGAGCAAACUCUUCGAAGAAUGAAGGCAAAUCCUGAUGUUAAUCGAGGGAAAUUGGUUGAGUUUCGACAGAAAGUGACGUGGCAGCGGCAGGAAGUCAGAAAUUUACAAGAGAUGUCUCCAUGGAUUAGAACUUAUGAUUACAUUGUCCGGCUUCUAGCGAGAUCACUUCUAACAAUACUUCAAAGGAUCAAGUAUGUCUUUGAGAUUAGCCAACUGUCAUCUACUAAUGGAAAUGAACAUGUUUAUAUGAAUCCUACUUGUCUUCCCCGGAGCCAUUCUGUUUCUGUUCUUAUGCAAGCAUCAAUACAUCCUUCAGAGAAUAUUUUAUGUGGAAUCUCUACAGGACCUUUGUGCAAAUCAGAUUCAAUGUCAAGAAUAGUGGUUGACAAGAAUAAAAAAAACGAGCAACAGCAUCACUCGAAAACCAACCGUUUGUCUCAUGUUGGCCCAUUCAAAGAAUGCAUGAUGAGCGGAAGCGAGUCUCCUUUUCUUGAGAGCUAUAAGUCAACUUUCCAGGGUUCUGUAGAGUUUAACAGCAAUUGUGCAAAAAGUAUUGACAAAAUUGAAAGCUUGAAUGCGAAAUCUCCUCCUCGCAAUGGUAGAAUUUAUUCUAAAUUAGCCCUUUUCAGCUCAAAAUCUGGGUUGCUGGAUGCUUCUCCAUCUACUCUUGGCCAUGCUGAGCUAGCUCUUCAUUAUGCAAAUGUGAUUGUAUUGGUUGAGAACUUAGCUUCAUCACCUCACUUAAUUGAUUAUAAAAAUAGAGAUGAUCUGUACAAUAUGUUACCCACAACUAUAAGAGCUGCUUUAAGAACUAGAUUCAAGGGUUAUGGCAAAUCUCUAGGUUCAUUUGCAUAUGAUGCUUCCCUUGCAGAAGAAUGGAGUCGGGAACUCAAACGGACAUUGAAAUGGUUGUCUCCACUUGCACAUAACAUGAUAAGAUGGCAUUCUGAGAGAAAUUUUGAGAGAGAGCAGGAAGUUUCAAGGACAAAUGUCCUUCUGGUACAAACACUCCAUUAUGCAAAUCAAGCAAAAACUGAAGCUGCAAUUACAGAGCUUCUUGUGGGCCUAAACUACAUUUGCAGGAUUAAUGGAUACCUUAAUGAAACACACCAGCCGGAGUCUUCAGUGUUCAGAGUUGAUUACAGUUCUGAAAAAGGACGACAAUAUAUGCAACGAGGUAUGGAGUACAACAAGAUAUUCAAAAGUCUCAUGACUUGAAGAUGAUCAAUCUUUAUCAGAUGCACCCCCAAACGGAUGAUUUGGUCUACUUGACAAUGCUUCCAUGAACUACUACUUGUAGCAUGUCCACUUUGUGUCUACUUUCUUUGGAGCAAGUCAUGGCUCAUUGAAUCAAUUAUUAGGGCAAUUAAUUAUAGUCUUAGGGCAUUCUAUAUGUAAAGUAUAUCUUAUCUUGUAUGAUAAUUUCUAUAGUAUCAGGAAAUGCAAAUUUCACUUUGAGCAAA